AUGCAUUUGGUUGAUAUUGGAGAUGUUUUGAGGCCAAGUGAUGCUGUACCAACAUGCAGGGAACGUGAUGGAUACUGUAACUUCGGUUGUCGUUCAAAUCGCUAUGGUUUUAAAUAUGGCAUAAGAUGUAGCAGCACUUGCAAAGAUAUUUGUCACAGGGAUACUGGGGCGUGUUUAGGAGGCUGCGAAUAUCGAAGUUACUGUGGACCUACCUGUGAAGUCCCUUGUCAAGAGGGUUGUGUAUCACAUUCUUGUAACCUGUCUUGUGGAUGUUUACAAGGGUGUAAACCGAAUUACUGGGGAGGUAAAUGUAAGAACUUGUGCAAUACAAACUGCAAUAUAUCACCCGACCCUAGCAAACGUGUAUGUGAUAAAAGUGACGGCACAUGCCUGAACGGAUGUAACAACAACAAAUAUUGGGGUGAUCAGUGCGGAAAACAUUGUUCAAUCGGCUGUAUCAAUGGAACCUGUCAGCAUGAAACUGGAAAUUGCAGUGAAAGAUGUAAAACAAAGACCGUUUAUGGUUUAUUUUGUGAUAAAACAUGCAGUGAAAACUGCGUACAAGGCACGUGCAACAGAGAAUAUGGCUAUUGUGAUCUAGGAUGCGUAGAGGGAAAAUAUGGCAAUCAUUGUGACAAGUCGUGCAACGAAAACUGUAAAAAUUAUACAUGCAAAAGAAACGAUGGACAAUGCAGUAACGGAUGUGAAACGGGAACUUUCGGAGAAAAAUGCAACUUAUAUUGCAAUUUCAAAUGUUUGUAUCGCAAAUGUGAGGAAACAGGUGUUUGUGCAGAUGGUUGUAUACCUGGAUAUGAGGGAUCGUAUUGUGAAGAAGUGGCCAGUAACAAAGAAACCGCUAACAACACACUAGUGGGAGUUGCUGUGAGUGGAUGGUUGUUGCUGUUAGUUCUGCUUGCUGUUUUGAUACCCUUAGUAAUAAGAAGGAGAGUUCAAAUUUGCAAAGGUAUGAAACACAAGGAGAUGGUGAAUGAGGAGGAACAACCGACAAAUAGUGGCCAGCGAGAAUACAUGACUUUACAGCACGGACAAAGGAGUACAAAUGAUACGGCAAACUAUGAAAGUUUAAAGCUGGAAGAAGGAAGGAAUUCAGAUCGAAACAAGCAUGAGAACUCUGGAGUAUGAAUUUUAUUCAGCACAAUAUUGUAAACUUAAAUAGAAGAAUUUUAAAUGACACAUCCACAUAACGUACUGUUGAUAUCAAAUCAUACUCUGUUUAUAAAUAUAUGUUAUUUUACUGUUAGUGACAUGUGAAGACAUAAUUGUAUAUAUAUAUAUAUAUAU